UUUCUGAUCAGCAGUGACAAUGGCCAGGGUAAAUAUGAAAUGAAUGGUGUCUGGGAUUUAAGAGAGCUUCGGGAUUGUUCCGUUUCCAAUCACAGACAAAGUCAUUAUCUAAUCUAUUAUGUGAUAUGUUUGUAUGAAUGAAAUAUAGAACAGGGAGAGGGUUGGACAGUUCUCAGCAGGAAAUAUCCUGGUUUCUAUAUUUAUAUAUGUACCUGUGUUCUAUUGGCAGCAUGGAGCUGUUGCAUGAUCCAGAAUUCCCAAAUAUUUGUAGACACAAGUUACCUAUUGACAGAAAAGGAAUUUAAUACUUUAAUAGCUUGGAUUCCAGGUACAAGUUGAUUGUCUCACUAGAUUUAUAAUUUGUUGUAAUAGCCAGUUUAGCCAGCACUGAACAGUGAAACAGAUGAGCAGGGUUGGAGGAAUAAGGCUAUUUCAUGAACAGAGAGGAAAAAGCCAUGUGGAGUUUGAUUUCCAGCUUUAUUGUGUUGCAAGUGUAAACAAAUAUUAUACAGAGGCUCUGUUCGAAAAUCUGACCAAAGUGCCUCAUAGUGAUGAAAGAUUGAUGCCUGUAUAGUCAUGUAAAAUUGUGGUAAAAUUUGUGCACUGUGUGAAAGGGAUUAGAUUUCUAUCUAGAAAAGGUGUGUAUUGAUUUCAUACAAUAUCAGAAUUAUUGAACGAAAUCCGUCCAUGCUUUUGAAUCUCGGAUUUAACAUACUUUCUACAAAUUGUGUGUGUGUUCUUUUAAUGAUUUACAUGGGAGCGAACAUUUUUAUCUGAAGAAUUGAUUGUUAAAGAGUGAGUUUUCCUUGUGGGCUAAAAAAAGAAAAGUCUGAUUACAGCAGUGUUUAUUUAAUCGUUUAUGUCAACAAGCAGGGAAGGUACAAUUAACAGCGAAGUCUCCUGAAGAUAUCCCAUGAGAAAAGUGUAGUUCAUUGACACUGAAGAAAUAAAAAAUGCUUGAAAGUUGCGUGGCACUGCCAUCUUUACCGAACGCCUCAUCGGAAGUCCGACACUGAUGGGUGAUCAACCUAAUUGAAUUUUCAAACCUUUUGUUUUCGUUGUGGUACCAAAAAUAAGAAAUAUUUAGUACACAGUGACGGUGCCCUCUAAGUAGAUCCCGACACUCAUUAGUUGUCAUAUCCCAGAAAAUGAAUGACAGUUUAUGAGGAUCAAAGUAGGUGCUGAUGGUGCAUGUUCUUGUAUUGUUCUGUAAAUAACUGAACAUGCUGGGUUGUUAGAAAGGCAGCCCUGUUAAGUGUUGGACUCUCAUCUGAUGGUGAAUUGCUGAUGUAGGAGAUAGAACAGUAGACAUACUGUGUGUGUGAUAUAGACUGGUACAUACAUACUGUGUGUGUGAUAUAGACUGGUAUAUACAUACUGUGUGUGUGAUAUAGACCAGUAUAUACAUACUGUGUGUGUGAUAUAGACCGGUAUAUACAUACUGUGUGGAGAUAUAGACUGGUAUAUACAUACUGUGUGGAGACAUUAUAACCAGUACAUGGAGACUGUACAUUUAUAUAUAUAUAUCGGAUAAGGAAGCAAGGGAUGCGUUAUAUUGAUUUUAUUUAACUGCCUACGUACCAUUAGAUGAAAAAACAGUUUAUUAUACGAUUCAGUGAAGUGGUGAAGUGAUGCGUUGUCAAGGGUUGUAAUCUACCUGAAACUGCAUUCUGUGUGAAAAGAAGGAAGGCCAUUUUCUGGAAAAGCCACUUAAGAAGGGAAGAGUCCUCAUCAGAGGGGCUGAUAUUGAGGAAGGUUGUCAGCAUUGGAUGUCUCCUACUCAUUGAACAGAAGUAGAGAUCUAGAAGUCAUUGUUAUAUGUGGCCAUCUGAUUUAUUGUGCAAUGUUUUACGUAUAUUCCAUUUCGAAAUCAGUUUGUUGCAUGUGAACUUUUCCUACAGUUUCACUGUUAUCAAAAAAAAAAAUCUAAUUUCACAGUUUGGCCUUUGUGAUUUUGAGGAAGUGGCUUGAAAAGAAUUAAAAGGCACUUCGGGAAAAAAUAUUUUUUGGAAAAACACGAGAAAUUAUUUUUUAAAAAAAUUGCUGAGUUUGAUAUUGCAGACAAUGCCUACAGGUAAAGGAGAGAGUCAGCUGUUUUAAAGAGUGACGAAAACAGCAGGACAGAGAACUCCAGCCUAUAAUGUUCAUCUACUGUGUAUAAUUGUUUUAUAUCUUGGAAAAUAAUUAAGCAGCUGAUGUAUGCUGAUGUGUUAUAGACAGUUGGAGGGAAAAGAAAUUUAAUUAGGCAUGUUAGGCAGGUAUAGAGAAACAAAUGACUUGAUGGGCUGCUAGAUGAGCUAUUGUUCUCCCAGAGGAUUAACUGUUGCCUUAGCAUUUGAUCUGACCUUGUGGAGUUAAAAACUUCUUGGAUAGAUUAUCUACAGAUUAUCCUGGUGUGACAUACCCUCAUUAAAAAAAAGAACUGGGAGCCUUAUUUAACUUUGGAUGGAUUGUGUUGUUGGCUUUGUGACAGCUUUAAUUGACCGUUUGAAUUAUUGGUUAUUGGUAAUUUUACCUGUCCCUUGUCUCGUGUGUAAAGCCUCUGUCCUGUCCUAUUAUUCUUCACUCUGAUAAUUGACUUAUACAUGUUCAUUUGGAAUGUUACACCAUUGAUUAGUUGUGACAGAGGCAGCCCAGGACUUCAGGAGAAAAAAAAAGAAGAUAUAUACAUCCAGUGAAUUCCGUAUUGUCGCCUCAGAAAUAGAUUAUUGAUAAGCAGAAGAGGAGUACCUUCUGCUGUGUAUCUGCUGGUAUGUGGUGACACUUGCAUAGUACAUGAAGGAAGUUGGUCAGAUAUGAUUUUCUGUUGGCUGCGGUAGUUUUUUCCUGGAUUUUCUAAUGACCACUUAAAUAAAUUAGCUGAGCACUUGUGGUGGUUUAUGACGUGAUAAAAAUCAGAAGUGUUUCUAACAUUGCAACACCCAAACAAGUCUGUAUUAAUGCAUAACUGAGAGGGCAGCAAUCGCAUCGUGUUUACAUAAUGUAUAAUUGUGUUGGAUUUUUUCUUUUGUGAAACCAUUGAGAAAUGUCCUUAGGCAUUUGAGUUGGUGGUUUGGUUAUUGAGUGGAAGUGCACAAUGAAUGCAUCUAUAGCUGAAAGCAUGUCUGUUUAGGAUGAUAUACAUGUAAAUAUAAAGUGAAAAAAAAAAUGUCAACCAAGUCAAGAAAAAAGGUGGGAUUUGCGGAGGAUGUGAAAACAGAAGAACGUGAAUCCAGGAGUCGGGCACGACCAAAAUUUCGGGAGCGGAGGUCAAAGUCCCAGGAUGUAAAGUCUAAUAGAAGCUCAUCACUUUCCAAAAAACGGGACCACAGUUUGAUUUCCUUAGUUCGGACAGGUUCUAGAGCUUCCGUUCGUAGCCUGGUCAAACUGUUUGAGAAUGUUGGAGGGAUGAAUGAAGGCCGCAAGAGUCAAAUAGUCCUGCCAGAUGAGCGAAGGCUUGACCUACUGAUCCAGCCCAGAUUAACAUCUCGAGACCUGCUAGAUCUUGUGGCAUCACACUUCAAAUUAAAAGAAAAAGAAUAUUUUGGUUUAUGUUAUCAAGAUGACACUGGACAUCUGAAUUGGUUGAACUUGGACAAGAGAGUUUUGGAGCACGAUUUUGUUCGCAGGGCUGGAACCCUUAUAUUACUAUUUGGAGUUAGGUUUUAUGUUCAGAGUAUAUCUGCACUCCGAGAUAGUCAGACUGUUGAAGUUUUCUUUUUAAAUGCCAAGCAAGCAAUAUUUAAGGGGCAGAUUGAAUGUGACAGUGAGACGGUAUUUGAGUUGGCAGCUUACGUUUUACAAGUCAAUCAGGGGGACUACAUUAGUGAUGAAAACACGAGGAAUGACCUCAAGAAAUUACCAGUAAUUCCUACCUACAUUCUUAGAGAGCACCCGUCCAUACAGUACUGUGAAGACAGGGUGAUAUCAUAUUACAAGAAGAUCUCGGGCUCCACUAGGGGACUCUCCAUAGUUAAUUAUCUCUCUAUUGUUGAAAGUUUACCAACUUACGGAACCCAUUACUAUGAAGUUAAGGAUAAAAAGGACCACCCCUGGUGGCUGGGACUGAGUUAUAAGGGCAUUGCUGUGUAUGACAAAACAGACAAAACUACACCCAGAAAGGUGUUUAAUUGGAAACAGUUAGAGAAUCUAUACUACCGAGACAAAAAGUUCUCCAUAGAAGUCCACGAUACAAAACGUGUUGUUCAUACCCUCAGCAGUUUUAACUUGUAUGAAGACGCCAUAAGGGAACCGCUAGACGAGUUUGACGAACUCUCUGAUGCAAUUUCAGACCCCACCACUCAAGUGUCUGUGAGUCGUCGAACGUUCGGACCUGGAAACGUCAUUGUCCACGCCUGGUUUGGAUCCACGCCUCAGCUGACAAAAUGUAUCUGGUGUAUGGCCGUGGCCCAACAUCAGUUCUACCUCGAUAGAAAGCAUAACAAGUCCACUUUACCUCAGGCUCGUAGUGUGAGCGAGAUAGCAGCCGAGUUAUCUCGCAGCACUUCAUCUUUACAAGGCUCACUCGGCUCCGACUCGAUAAGUCGAAGUGGAAGUUCUGCCAGCUUACCCAGUCUAACUACAUCCAGGUUUGACUUGAACUGCGACCCCAGUGUUGAGGCUGUAAAGGCCCAGAGAGAAAUGUACACUGCACUGAAGGCUCGCAAGGAGGCUCUAGAGGAGGCAGUCAGCAAGAAGUUAGAGGAGCUCAAGCAACUCUGUAUACAGGAAGGGGAACUCACAGGUUGUCUGCCCUUGGACUACCCCCAACAUCCAGGUGAACCCCUUCCUACCAUCAGAAAGAGGGUAGGGACAGCCUUCUCAUUGGCCUCAAAGGUUCCCGAGAAUAAGACGGAUGAUGCCUUGUCCACUCUAGAGUUGGAGUAUGAACUCCAGAAACAGAUAACCAACGCUGCCAAAAAACUGUCUCAGGACAAGUCCGUCAGCAAGUAUGUCCGCAAGCAGCGGCGUCAGUCCUUCCACAAGGCGCAGGCCAAGAUGAAGGAGAUGGAGAAGAAACUGUCAGAGACCAGGGGUCACUUCCUGCCAUCAGCGGUGCCAUCUCUCGAUGGAUCCAGCUCGAGCUUGCAGGACACCACAUCUCCAGAACUGCCACCACGACGUAGGAUUGACCAUGCCACCAGUGACGCAUCCAGACAGAUCACAAUACAACGGUCAGCCACCACCCGGGAACUGUCUCCGACAUCUCCACGCCCCCUCAGCCCCACCCUCAGCAGUCCUCAGUUGAGUUCCCUGAACCAAACAAACUCGUACAGAAACCAGAUAUUUCCUCCACCUCUGAGUAGUCGAAGUGCUUCAUCUGGCAGCAAUAUGUCCAGCCAAUCGGAAUACGAGAAUGUGAAGCGUUAUGAGAAAGGCAGCCAGGAUAGUGGUUUUAGCUCGAACAAUAACAUGUAUAACCUGAACACUCAAAGGACCUCUCAUUACGAGAGCACUGAUGAAAUCAAGACUCCGACAAACUCGGAAUUUAGUGAAAAUGUAAUGACUGGGUAUGGUAAAUCAGAUAUACCUCCCAAAUAUGAAGAUUACCGCAAACCAAUUCAUCAGGGACACUAUGGCAGUUUGGAGCGAAAUUUACGUCGUCGAGAACGUUGGUCGUACAGAGACCGACAGCUCAGUGAUAGUGACAGCAAUGUGAUGACGGACCUCGAACCUUCCAAAUUUGGAAGUAAGAGAAAUUCGCAAUCAGAAUAUGACCUUGUGUCAACUAGAAACAGUGUGAUAGAAGUUCCUGUAAAACAUGAGGGAACAGUGACGCCAAAACACCAACGGCACAAAUCGGCACCCUGGGAAGACUCUGCCUUCACUGAGCCGUCUCCGAUCAUUCGAAGUCCAGAUCAGCAGGAUAAUAGUUUUGAAAACCAUUGUUAUAGUCCUCGGCUUCACGAGGGCACUGCUUUUUUUGGGAGUAAAGGACCAAAUUCUGUGAAUGACCAAAGUUUCUACCCAAAUAGAUCUGACUCUCCACAUUACACGAAACAGUCAAAUGCUGUAGUAACAGUGACUAAAAUUCAGCCUCAUCGCAAUGUGGAAGUGAUCUCAAAACCAUUCGAAAUGUCAGACUUUUACAAAUACAGUGAGAAAAUGCGACGGCAGCGGUAUAUUGAACAGUAUCAGCAGCAACUGAUGGGUGGAUCUCGAUGUAGCUCCCCAUCCCAGCAAUCGACAGACUCAGGGGGAGAGAACUCCUUCUCAGGUUCAAACUCGUCUUUUGCUCAUCCUGCUUCGUCAUCAUUACACACGAGUCCUUCUCAUUCUUUAUCAUCUGUAUCCUGUCGUCCCGGCCCGGGCUCACCUGCAGCCCGGCGGGGCUCUCCAUUCAUGCUGCACAAGCGAGAAAUAGACCCGUCGUUUGACUCUUCCCCGCAUGGUUCGCCUCGUUUUGAGGCUGUUAAAGAACAAAGUUCUCAUGUGCAAUACACCAUGCAGACUCCUAGUGGUACUCGAGUGUACAAAUCUGUCCAAACUAAACACACCCAUUAUCAGCCUCUGACCCCUCAAAAGUGUGACCCUCUAACACGAAAUCAGGCCUCUACUCCACGGACCUAUAACAGUAGGCACCACAAAACGCAGGUGGAAAGAGGUGGAGGUUUGAAACCAUGUUCUCCGAUUACCGGAAGUCGCGAGGAUCGGAAGUCGCUGAAUGUUUCCAUGGACGCCAGUUUUGCUUUCAGUAAGGAUUCUGUAGCAGACGACUUUGGAGAGGAAAUGAUGGCGUGGAUUGACAAAGAAAGCACCAACCAGAACCCGUCGUUUGUCUGACCAAGAACAUUCUUAUUAUUUAUAUUACUAGAAAUAAAAAUUUUAUUAACCAAAA